UUUGGCUUUGGCUGGCUUCAGCUGGCGUGUGGAUCUUUUGUAUGCGCGCUUCUCUCCAGACGUGCGCAACUCAACGCGGUCUUUGGCUCCUCUUCGUGCUCCGGCAACGACUUGCUUUGCCUUACGGUUACGUCGAUUCCGUCUGUGCGCCGUCGCGUGUGUGUGUGUGUGAGCGCGCGUGUGUGUGCGUGUCAGUGUGCCUAUAGAACUUGAGUUAUUGGCCUCAAAUUGGCUUGGCCAGUGCGUAGCUGCAUAGCAAAAAUUUGAAGAGUUUUGCCGCAAAGUAAACAAAUUAUAAUCCUGAAACACAAAGGCCGACGCAAGAGUUUUAGCAGUUCUUUGAUUUUUUUGGAUAUAUAUAUACUAGCUAUAUAUAUACACAUUUUUUGGGCCUAAAACAAAAGGCAAAGUCUGGGAGAAAGAACGCGAGAGAGGAAGAGAGAGCGCAAUCAGCAACAACACACAAUACAACAUACAGCAUGGGCGCGUUGCAGCAGCACCAGCAAACUUACAGAUACAGAUACGCAGCCACAGAUACGGCAGCGGCAACGACUGCGGCGAGCAAAAGUAGAGCAGACAGCGCAGCACAGACCGCAUCGAUCAACGCCAGAUCAAGCAGCAGCAGCCCGAACACCAUGAGCAGCAUCUUCAUCCUGGCGCUGGGCAGUCUGCUGCUGUUGCUGCUGCCCGCACUGGAAGCCAGUCCCAUCUUUGUGGAUAAUCCCAGCUUAGCGCAGUUUCAAUCCGGUCGCAACAUACGCCACCUGCCCUGCAUAGUGCGCAAGUCGGGACGCUCGGGUGUCUGCAUGUUUGCCAUCGACUGCAUCAAGCAGAAUGGCACCCAUUUGGGCACCUGCAUCGAUCGCUUCUAUUUUGGCUCGUGCUGUGCGCCCAAGGAGGAGGCCUCGCUGUUUGCGCCGGAGAUAAGCGACAAUAGCAUCGAUCAGAAUACGAUUUCACAUUUCUCUCACGAAUCCACCACGUUGCCUACGAGCGCCCUCUUCAAGCUCACCACCGAGAGCAGCACCACGCAUAACUACAAUUAUCAGCAGCAGCAGCAGCAAAACACCGCCAGCGAGCUGCUCAAAAAUGUUACCCAAAGCUAUUUGAGCAGCAUGAAGCCGGUGCGCACCACCAGCAGCAGCAGCAGCGGCAGUACAGCGACAAGCCACUCGCCUAGCUCGACGCGUCGCCCCACCACCGCGCACACCACUCACAAGCACUCACAAUUUGUGGUGCGCACCACAGUCAAACCAAGCGCAGCGCCAACGUUGACAACCACCGUUAAGCCGCCGCGUCGUCGCACCACCACAACGCGUCCAGUGCUAACCACCGCGCCAGCGCUUGAGCAGCGCAUCGAGACCACGACGGUGCCCAGCAAGUUUGUCACUUUCCAGAUUGUAGAGACAACCACGCCAACAGCCACCGAACCCACCAAUCGCUUGCCCGAGACAACCACCAGGCGGCACACCAGGCCCACCGCUAGCAGCAGCAGCAGCAGCAGUAGCUCAGCAGCUGCUAAGACAACAAGCAGAACAACAACAACCACCAGAGCGCCAACAACCACCAGAGCGCCAACAACCACAACCCCGACAACAACAACAAGGACGACAACGACGACGACGACAACGCCGCGUCCAACACCACCGCUGCGCACCACCACGCCAAAGCCACACAAGCCGCAGUCUAGCAGACGGCCAGCGCCUGUCAAGAAGCCAGCAGCAGCAACAAACACAACAACAACAACGGCAACGGCAACGCGUAAGCCCAGCGACAGCAGCAGCAGCGGCAGCAGCACAGCAACAACAUUGCCCGCUCGCAAGCCAGCUAAUAGCACCACCAGCACAACAACAACCACAGCAGCUAGCCAGAGCCAUAAAACUACGGCAACAGCAACAACGAGCAGCAAGCUGCCGGAAAGAACAACGCUGGCGCCCAGGCCAAAGCCACAGCCAACGGGCGAGAUUGUCAAGGUGCCAGCAUUGCUGGCGGACGCCGGCAGCACAACAACCACAGCAACAAGCAGCGCGCCAACUAGCACAAAAGUCACGCGCAGACCAACAACAAGCAGCAGCAGCACAGCUACAACAACGGCGCCCAAAAAGCAAACCAGCAGCAGCAGCACCACAACAACAACAACAAGCACGCCUAAGCCCACGCGCCGGCAUACAACGAAAACAACAAGCACCACAGCAGCACCACCGUCAACAACAACCACCGCUGCAACGCUGCUCACAACCGAAGCGCCCAAAUUGCAGACAAGACCAACAGCAGCAGCAACAACAGCAGCAGCAACAGCAGCAACAGUUGGUGGCAGCACCAAAAAACCUGGCCUGAUCACCUGGACAGACGUGGAAGCGGAGCCCAUUACAAAUGCAACCAUUAGCAGCGAUUGGCAGCCAGGACAAUCGGCAGAUUGGGUGCCAUUGCCCACUUUGUUGCCGGAGUUGUACAACAAGACGACAGCAACGCCCAGCGCCACAGACAAGGUGGUUAUCUCGGUGGCCACCAGCGUCAGCACCAGCAGCGGCGAUUCGAAGCCGGGUGAGAGUCAAAUGCAUGAGGAGACAAUGGUAACCAGCAAGCCGCAUAGAACCACAAAGCCGCCCAUAACCACCUCCAGCAGCAGCAGCAGCAGGCCAACAGCAACAACUGCAGCGAGCAGCACCACAACAGCAAAAACAACAAGCACAACUGAACGCUUGGAAUUAGCAUCCUCAACGUCGUCUUACACAGAUUCAAGCACCGAGUCGAGCGGUGGCAGCAGCGGCAGCAGCAGCACCACCACCAACACCACCAGCACCACAACGGAUUACAGCGGUGAGGAUCUGAACCAAACAACAGCAACAAUCGAUGCAGCUGGAAAUACAACCGUAGCGCCUGCGACUGGCUUGGAGGGCGUCGAUUACAGGGAAGUCUGCGGCCGUCGCAUGUUCCCCGAGCCGCGCAUCGUUGGCGGCGCAAACGCUGCCUUUGGACGCUGGCCCUGGCAGAUAUCGCUGCGUCAAUGGCGCACCUCCACCUAUCUGCACAAGUGCGGCGCGGCGCUGUUGAACGAGAACUGGGCAAUCACCGCAGCGCAUUGUGUUGACAAUGUGCCGCCCUCCGAUCUGCUGUUGCGACUGGGCGAAUACGAUCUGGCCGAGGAAGAGGAGCCCUAUGGCUUCCAGGAGCGACGUGUGCAAAUUGUGGCCUCACAUCCGCAGUUCGAUCCGCGCACCUUCGAAUACGACUUGGCGCUGCUCAGAUUCUAUGAGCCCGUGGUAUUCCAGCCGAAUAUCAUACCCGUUUGUGUGCCCGACAACGAUGAGAACUUUAUUGGGCAGACAGCCUUUGUCACCGGCUGGGGUCGUCUUUAUGAGGAUGGGCCGCUGCCCAGCGUGCUGCAGGAGGUCGCUGUGCCUGUCAUCAACAACACCAUCUGCGAAUCGAUGUACCGCUCCGCGGGCUACAUUGAGCACAUACCGCACAUAUUCAUCUGUGCCGGCUGGAAGAAGGGCGGCUACGAUUCGUGUGAAGGUGAUUCCGGCGGGCCCAUGGUGCUGCAGCGCGAGUCGGACAAACGCUUUCAUCUGGGCGGCGUCAUAUCCUGGGGCAUUGGCUGUGCGGAGGCCAAUCAGCCGGGCGUUUAUACGCGCAUCUCCGAGUUCCGAGACUGGAUCAAUCAGAUUUUACAGUUUUAGUCGCAUCGUAGUCUUCGCCUGUGUAUUAUGCCUAAUCCUUAGUGAAUGCCCAGCAACCGCAUACGAUAUGGAAAUCGUAGACGAAUCCGUAAACUUAAAUACUAGAACUCGUGCUUUGGUUAUGGCCACACGCUCACACAUAAUUAAUGGAGUUUUGCGCAUAACCCAAGCAACGAUUUCAGUUAACAUUUACCCACAACUCCUACUCCUAUCGACCCCUUUCCCAAAAUCCACCUGCACACACAGCACAGCAAUGAGAACAACAAAAAUCACACGAAAUUCCAUUGUCAUUAUGUUAAUUUUAAAGAAAUUCUUAGUUUAAAUCAUAAUUAACAAACAAAAGAAAACAAACCCCUAUUCAUGAUAAUGAUGAUGAUGAUGAUUUGACUCUUAAUUUAUUUUCCCCCCCACAUUUGCUCUGUAUAUAAUUUUCUAAAUUAUUGCAUAACAUUUAUUUAGCUUUAAGCUUAUUUAAUAGAAAUUCGGCAAAUCGCUCUACUCGAUGUAGGGCAUUUGAUAAGGCGCUUCUCUUUGCACGAAGUUAUUUUACGAAUACAUAGAAGAAGCUAUUGUAAUUUAAUUUAAUACGCGUAUUGUAAUUAUUUAUUUAAA